AUCAAAACGGUGCAUUUUCACUCAAAGUUCAGGAAGUUUUAGGCUUUUGCCUUUUCCCUAGUGUGAGCCCCUGAAACUAUAGGAUUUUGGUUUGGAUUUUGAAGUAGGGGAGGAUGAAGUCGGUGGUGGGGAUGGUGGUGUCUAAUAAGAUGCAGAAGUCCGUGGUGGUGGCCGUCGACAGGCUCUUCCACAACAAGCUCUACAACCGUUACGUCAAGCGCACCUCCAAGUUCAUGGCCCACGACGAGCAUGACCUUUGUAACAUUGGCGAUCGAGUUAGAUUGGAUCCUUCUAGGCCCUUAAGCAAGCGGAAGCAUUGGGUUGUUGCUGAAAUUUUGAAGAAAGCACGUAUUUAUGUGCCACCAUCAGCUGAUAGCUCUGUGAGUUUAGAUGGCAAAACUGAAGCACAAACUUCUACAGCCUCUUGAGCUUAGAUCAAAAUCAAUGUACCUUCUGGGUGAUAUAUAAUUCAUUGAAGAGAUCUAACUCAGCUCCCAAAAAGAGUUGCUUUGAAUGAGGCAUUCAAGAUGGUUGUUUGUUUACCAAUUCAGUAUGCUAUUCUGUUUAAACAAUAGCUAGAACUUUCGUGUUCUGUCUCUCCUCUCCCUUGUCCCAAUAGCACAAGUAUUCCCAAGUUCUCUUAAAAUUGUAUUUUUAGAAUAAUCAACGUAAUUCUGCAAAUUUAAUCACUUGUUGCGACUUAAAUUAAAAGUCGUUGAAUUAGUA